CAUGAAGGUGUUCAUUACUCUAUUGGCUUUGGCUGUAGCUUCCGCUGCUGCUGCUCCUAAAACGGCAGUUGUCCAUCCCAAGGACCUGCCCGUGAGCGACAACAAGAUCGAGGGACGCAUUACCAAUGGCUACCCAGCCUAUGAGGGCAAGGCUCCCUACACCGUUGGUCUCGGCUUCAGCGCAGGUUGGUGGUGCGGUGGCUCCAUCAUUGGCAACACCUGGGUACUGACUGCCUCUCACUGCACUGGUGGAGACGGUGUCACCGUCUACUUCGGCGCCACCUGGCGUACCAAUGCCCAGUUCACCCACUACGUCAGCAGCAACAACUUCAUCGAUCACUGGGUCGAUGAUAUUGCUCUGAUCCGCAUCCCUCAUGUCGAUUUCUGGCACAUGGUCAACAAGGUUGAGUUGCCCAGCUAUGGCCAACGCAACGACCAAUUCCAGGACAGCUGGGCUGUUGCCUGCGGCUGGGGACGCACUGCUGAUGGAAACCAACCCGACUGGAUGCAGUGCGUUGACUUGCAGGUCAUCAGCAACAACGAGUGCGAAUCCGUUUACGGUAACAGCAUUGUCAACACCAACAUCAUCUGUGUCCGCGUCAGCGAUGGCAAGAGCACUUGCAGUGGUGACUCUGGCGGCCCAUUGGUCUCCCACGACGGCAACAAGUUGAUUGGUGUAACCAACUGGGUUUCUGGUUCCGGAUGCAUGGCUGGUCAUCCAUCUGGCUUCCAGCGUGUCACCCAUCACUUGGACUGGAUUCGUGACAACACUGGCAUUUCUUACUAAGAUGCCUGAACUUAAACAAAGUUUUCAAUAAAAAGUUUUUUUCAAAAAUAA